GGGUGGCCGUGGUUCUGACGAGUCCGCGGCGCCGGCAGCGGCAGAGCGGGGUAACCGCGCCGAACCGCCCGUGACUGGUCGCGGCGAAGAUCGGGGCUGGCCAGGAGACGUGCUGAAACGCGCGUGUUGGACUUGGGGCUAACGCCAUAGCACGUAGGUGUCUAUUCUAGGGAGAGGAAAUUGGGUUCCCAACCAAACGCAACUGGGUUCAUGCAAACUUAAGUAGUGCAUCUGUAAGAAAAAUAUGGACUUGGGAUCACAUUCCACUUUAAAUGAACACCUGCAAAAGACAGGAAUUCCAUCUGGAUCACAAGAUAAAGUUUCAGUUCUUGAUUCUGGACCAGGAAUGGCUGAACCUCAGUUAGCUGUGGACCCUGUAGCAACAUCAAACUUGUCUGUUAAAGCACCUGAAUUUUAUCCACCAGGAUACAACCAGAACUUCAACCAGAAUUUCACGGAUUCUUCCUUCGAAGAUAGAUGUGAUGGCUAUCUGACUCUGGCAGAAUAUGUACAAGACUUCCUAAAUCACCUUAUGGAGCAACCAGGUUGUUUUGAAACAGAAAUAGAGCAAUUUGCUGAAACACUGAAUGGCUGGGUCAUUGCAGAUGAAGCUUUACAAGAACUUGUUGAACUCAUCUAUCAGCAGGCCACAUCUGUCCCAAAUUUUUCGUACAUGGGAGCACGGUUGUGUAACUAUCUAUCUCACCAUCUAACCAUUAGUCCACAAAGUGGGAACUUCCGACAGUUACUGCUUCAAAGGUGUCGAACCGAGUAUGAAAACAGAGAUGAAGCUACCAAAGGGGAUGAGACUACUAGAAAACAAUUUCAUGCCUUUGUGCUGUUCUUAGCUGAACUUUAUCUUAACCUAGAGAUUAAAGGAACAAAGGGACAGGUUACACGGGCAGAAAUUCUUCAAGAAGGCCUUCGGGAAUUACUGAAUGCACUCUUCUCUAAUCCUGUGGACAGUAAUUUGAUAUGUGCAGUGAAACUGCUGAAGUUGACAGGUUCUGUUUUAGAAGAUGCCUGGAAAGAAAAAGGAAAGAAUGAUAUGGAGGAAAUGAUUCAGAGAAUUGAAAAUGUUGUGUUGGAUGCAAACUGUAGCAGAGAUGUGAAACACAUGCUCCUGAAACUAGUAGAACUGCGAUCUAGUAACUGGGGUAGAGUUCAUGGGACAACUCCACAUGCAGAAGCUACCCCUGAAAAUGACCCAAACUACUUUAUGAAUGAACCAACAUUUUACACUUCUGAUGGUGUUCCUUUCACUGCAGCAGACCCAGAUUAUCAAGAAAAAUACCAAGAGCUGCUUGAAAGAGAGGAUUUGUUUCCAUAUUAUGAAGAAAAUGGAGCAGAUCUGACAGGACCUGGAGAACUGUAUUUUGAUGAGAUUGAUGAUGAGAUGGACCCAGAAAUUGAAGAAGCAUAUGAAAAAUUCUGUCUAGAAUCAGAACAUAAGAGAAAACAGUGAGAUGUUAUGUAUUAAUGUUAGUUUAUUUAACCACUUUAGGUAUGCUUAGAGUGAAGGGGGACACAAAACAUUUGUACCAAAAUGAGAAACUUGAGUUUCUCCAAGUACUAAAGUUACACAAUUUCCAUUUUGUUUAACAGAAUCUGCCAAAAAUUGUAAACUUAUGCCCUGUAACUUAAAAUGUUGUGUAUAUAUCAUAGUUUAUUUUGUGAAAAAUGUUUUUUGAACAAUGUUUUGGCUGCAAUAAAAAUUAUUUAAAAAUUAUAAUUGAAAUUAAAAUUUAAUGGGGAACUGUCCCUUAAAACUUCCCUUGAGGAAGAAAGGGAAAGAAUAAUGAUCUGAAUUUGCUUGCUUGUUUGCUUUAGUAUAUAUUGGGAUUUACUCAUCCUAUUUACCAUAUACAAUAUAUCUUGCAUUUACUUCCUCCACUUCCCCCCACAAGAAGAGUACAAUCCAAAAAAGAAAGAAAUUUUUUUCUGUAUAUCACAAUCAUGAAAAGUGGCUUGUGAAAGUUUUGUGUAUGAGUUUUUGUUUUGUUCAUUUCCUUUUUCUUCUUUCAAAACACAUGGGUGAGGUCUGGACUUUUCUUUUUUCCUGGAAUAAAUAUGUUACAUGUCGAUAUGUGAAAAAGCAAGCAGUAUUUUGGAAGUGAGGUGCUUUCAAGAUCUUUGGUUCAGAUAAGCUUAUUUUCAGAUCUGCAAGAAAAAGCUAUUCUGUAAUUUGUUGUGUUCUUCAAGGCAGUAGUAAUACGGUUAUGUUCUAAACCAUGCAUCUAAACCAAGAGUAUGUGCAGUGCUUUUUUUUUCUUUUUUUUCUAGUAAUGUAUCUAACUUGUCUAACCUUUUGCAACUUUGUAACUUUCUUUUAAUCUUCCAAUUUUAUGUAGUUUGAUUUAAUUUUGUAGUUGGAGUAAAUUCAUAUAUUUCAUAAAUGUUA